AUGAGUUCACCGGGACAAUCUGUGCACCCGGAAAUCAAAGGCGAAUCGAAUGGCGAAGAAUACUCCAAGGUUACCCCCUGGGAGGUGCAGGGAGGAGCGGACGGAAUCAAUUAUGACCGACUGGUGGAUCAGUUUGGAUGUGAAAAGUUGACUCCAGAACUAAUUGAGCGAUUCAAAAAAGUUACAGGGACGGAGCUGCAUCCCUUCUUGAGAAGGGGGUUGUUUUUUGCGCAUCGAGAUUUGGAUACGAUCUUGAAGGCAAAGGAAGAAGGCAAGCCGUUUUAUUUGUACACGGGUCGAGGACCUAGUUCGGAUUCUUUGCAUGUUGGGCAUUUGGUGCCUUUUAUGAUGAUAAAAUGGUUGCAGGAAGUAUUUGAUUGUCCUCUUGUGAUUCAGUUGACUGACGACGAGAAGUUUUUGUUUAAGGAAGGGCUUUCGUUGGAGGAUUGUCAGGAGUAUGGUUUUGAGAAUGCUAAGGACAUUCUAGCAGUUGGGUUUAAUGCUGAGAAGACGUUUAUUUUUCGAGAUGUGGAUUACAUACAGGACUUAUAUCCAACGACUUUGAAGAUUCAGAAGAAGACUACAUUUAAUCAAGUGAAGGGAAUUUUUGGGUUCAAUGAGAGUACGAAUAUUGGUUCUAUUAUGUACCCAGCAAUUCAAUGUGCGCCUUGUUUCCCAAGUGCGUUUCCCCGAUUUUUGGGUGACCCGUCGAUUACUAGCAAGUGUAUGAGAUGCUUGGUUCCAUAUGCUAUAGAUCAGGAUCCAUAUUUCCGAAUGACUCGUGAUGUAGCACCACGUUUAGGAUGGGAAAAGAAUAGUUCGUUGAUAUCUAAGUUUAUCCCUGCCUUGCAUGGUUCUGAAAGCAAGAUGAGUGCCUCCGGACCAAAUAGCGCUGUUUUCCUCACAGAUACCCCAAAACAAAUCAAGACUAAAAUCAACAAAUACGCAUUCAGUGGUGGGAAAGAUACUGCCGAGGAGCAACGGAAGUAUGGGGCCAACCUUGAAGUUGAUGUCAGCUAUCAAUACCUCAAGGUGUUCCUUGAUGACGAUAUCGAACUCGAAGAUAUUGGACGGAAGUAUAGUAGCGGCGAAUUACUAACAGGCGAAAUAAAAGCCAAACUUAUUCAAGUCCUUCAAGAUCUAGUCGCUAAACAUCAACAAGCCAGAAGCAAAAUCACUAACGACGUUGUUAGACAUUACUUCAACCCCGACCGUCCUGCCCUUCGGAGACAGAUUGAAGAAGCCUGUAAAGUCUACCUUGCUACGUCCAAGAAUUCAGACCACAAGGCCGAGAUGAAAAAAGAUGGGAAGGGUAAGAAAACAAAAUCAAACCACAAACAGCCGGACGAUGAAUAG